GAAAGAAAUAAAACACAUUAUGUUCUGAUCAAAUCCCUAUCAACAUUUUUGAGAUUGGUCACGAAAUACGAGAAAAGAAUGUUGACAUGUGAAAGAUGUUUUAGAAGGUUCACAUCCAAACGUUUUUUUGAAAAGCAUGCAACGUUCUGUGAGACAGGAGAACCCUCUGUCUUCAUGCCUGAAGACCCUGUAUUGAAAUUCAAAAACUUUCAAUACAAAUUUCCCUGUCCUGUGGUCAUGUAUGCCGAUUUUGAAGCCUAUCAGAUCAGCAUGAACGAGAGCACCGGUUCAAAAAGCUCAAACAUCGCUGAACAAAAACCAACAGGGUUCGCAUACAUGAUCGUGUCACCUCAUGAUGUUCUUUGUAGACCAUUGAAGUUAUAUAGAGGUGAAGACGCAGCCGCAAAGUUUGUAGACUGUUUGAUAAAUGAGUGUUACGACAUAGAGGAUAUACUCAACGAGGUGAAACCGAUGGAGUUCACAGACGAUAACAUGGUGCAAUUUCAAACAGCAACCAACUGCUCAAUCUGUAAACAAAGCUUAAUUUGGAGCGAUUUGAACAAUCCUGUUGUUCGCGAUCACUGUCAUAUUUCAGGUUCAUUUCGUGGUGCCGCUCAUUCUCAAUGUAAUUUGAAGGCUUGUCAACAAAAGAGGUUGUUUGUCUACUUUCACAAUGGGAAGGGUUACGACAAUCAUUUCAUUCUAACAGCUUUAGCUGAUGACAAGAGAACAGGUACCAUAGAGGUUAUUGCCAAUACUGCUGAGAAAUAUACCCAGAUUAAGACCCAAAGAUUCAUAGUCCAUGAUUCAAUGAGUCACCUCGUUGGCAGUCUAGAUAAUCUCUGCAAAAGCUUGCGACAGAGGGGCUUGGAUGGGUUUAAUCUAAUGCGAAACGAAUUCCCCCUCGAUGAUCAAUUUCGAUGUGUGUUGCAAAAGUUAAUCUACCCCUACGACUAUAUAGACGGGUUUGACAGAUUCGAGGAGCCAAUUCCUGGUAAACCAGCGUUUUUCAACAAACUCACCGAUGAAGAUUUGUCUGACGAAGAUUAUGACACACUCUUAAGAAUUUGCAAAAUCUUCAAUAUAACUACUUUAGGGGAACUUCACGAUUUGUACUUGAGAGUGGAUGUUUUGAUACUAGCAUGUGUCUUUGAGGACUACAGACGGUUGGGUCUUGAAAUGUUUGCUAUAGAUCCAGCGUAUUACAUAAGUUCACCAAGCUACUCGUUUGACGCUAUGUUGCAUCUAACGAAUGUUGAGUUAGAAUUGUUGACAGAUGUGAACAUGUAUGAAUUCUUUGAAAAAGGAAUGAGAGGAGGUUGCAGCACAGUUUUCAAACGUCUAGCCACAGCUAACAACAGAGGUCUACAAAGAUAUAACGAUCAAAUGCCUCAGUCAUCGAUUUUCUACACAGAUUGUAAUAACCUGUACGGGUAUUGCAUGCAAAUGAAGCUGCCCCACAAAGAUUUUAAAUGGUUGACUGAGCAAGAGAUAUCCUCUCUGGAUGUCACAAAGAUCGACGUUAAUGGUGAUACAGGGAUGAUUUUGGAGGUUAGCUAAGAGUUUACUUAAUUAUUUCAAGACUAUAUAGUGUAAUGUUUCUGACUUCAUUACAUUUAUUCUAAAUUUUUACAGGUUGACUUAGAAUACCCUGACUCACUUCAUUCGAGUCACAGAGAUUAUCCCUUGGCUCCGGAGAGGUUAUCUAUAACAAAGGAUAUGCUGAGUGAGGAGACGAGGCAGUUUUUGAUGAUUUCAACAUAUCAUAUUCAACCCAGACCAGACUCACGCAAACUGUCUUACCUAAAACGAAUUAUGUCACGCAUGUCAAGAACUUGCUGUUUUACACACAACAAGGACUUGUUAUCAAAAAGAUACAUCGAGCUGUGACAUUUUACCAAUCUUCUUGGAUGGCUGAAUAUAUAAAAACAAAUACUAUGAAGAGGAUUGAAGCCCAAAACAAGUUUGAGAAGGAUUUCUUUAAACUUCUGAUAAACAGGUGAUUAUUGACGGAAAAAAUAAGUUAUUUUUACUAUUUUCAGAAAAACGCGAAUCUUUAAAAUUUUGUUGCUAAAUCGAUAAUUUCAGUGUCUUUGGCAAGACCUGUGAGAACGUUAGAAAAUAUCGAAAGUUUGACCUGGCAACAAAUGAAAAGCAAGUCAAACGCCUCUCUCAAAGAGUUGAACUAAAGUCUGCUGUCGUUGUAUCCGAAAAUCUCGUCAUUUUUGAGUCAAACAACCUUGAGAUAA